AUGGGGGUGGAGGGCUGCACCAAGUGCAUCAAGUACCUGCUCUUCGUCUUCAAUUUCGUCUUCUGGCUCGCCGGAGGAGUGAUCCUCGGAGUGGCCCUGUGGCUCCGCCAUGACCCGCAGACCACCAACCUCCUCUACCUGGAGCUCGGAGGCCAGCCUGCACCCAACACCUUCUAUGUGGGCAUCUACAUCCUCAUUGCCGUGGGUGCCGUGAUGAUGUUUGUGGGGUUCCUGGGCUGCUACGGGGCCAUCCAGGAGUCGCAGUGCCUGCUGGGAACGUUCUUCACCUGCCUGGUCAUCCUGUUUGCCUGUGAGGUGGCUGCCGGCAUCUGGGGCUUUGUCAACAAGGACCAGAUCGCCAAGGACGUGAAGCAGUUCUAUGACCAGGCUUUGCAGCAGGCUGUGCUGGACGAUGACGCUAACAACGCCAAGGCUGUGGUGAAGACCUUCCACGAGACGCUCAACUGCUGUGGCUCCAACGCCAUGGUCACAGUGGCCACGUCCGUGCUCAGGAACAACCUGUGUCCCAGUGGCAGCAACUUGAUCACCAACUUGAUCACGUUGGACUGUCACGCCAAGAUCGACGAGCUCUUCUCAGGGAAGCUGUACCUGAUCGGCAUUGCCGCCAUUGUCGUGGCUGUCAUCAUGAUCUUCGAGAUGAUUCUGAGCAUGGUCCUGUGCUGUGGCAUCCGCAACAGCUCGGUGUACUGA